AUCGAUAGAUGCAGAACUGUGGCCGGCAGCGUGUUGUCAUAUGGCUUUUAAAAUAACUAAAUAUUUGUGAUUUUCGGCUGUGGUUCCAUUAAAUUGACGACAUGCCUAAAGAACAGUUUCGCGCCUCGGCGCUAAACAAGAAAAUCUCACAUGUGCAAUUUGGCAUCAGCGGCGCCGAUGAAAUUCAACAGGAAUCAUUAGUCCGCAUUAUUUCAAAGAACUUGUAUCAGGCACAACGCCAACCGGUCCCAUAUGGAGUACUCGAUCGUCGGAUGGGCAUCAGCACCAAGGAUGCCGUCUGCGAAACUUGUGGCCAGGGCUUAAACGAAUGCAUUGGACAUUUUGGUUAUUUGGAUCUUGCCUUGCCUGUCUUUCACAUCGGACACUUCCGAUCGACAAUAAAUAUUCUACAAAUGAUAUGCAAGACAUGCGCACAUGUUAUGCUGAAGCCGGAGGAUCGUGCGGUAUUCGAGAAGAAACUUCACAAUCCCAAUUUCUCAUACCUGGGCAAGAAGGCUCUGCACUCACAGAUGCUCGCCAAAGCUAAGAAGGUGACCAAAUGCCCGCACUGCAAUGCGGCCAAUGGAGGUGUCAAGAAGGGGCCCGGACUACUGAAAAUCCUUCACGAUCCAUACAAGGGGCGCAAAAAGGAUGCCACUUUCACCAGUCACAUGGAAGAGAUGCUACGCUCUACUGAGUUGAAUCGGGAUUUGAAUUUAACUCUAAGCAACUACAGCGCCGCAGAGGAGCUAACGCCGCUCAUGGUGCUCGAUCUGUUUGAGCAGAUACCACAGAGUGACAUCGCUUUGCUAGGCAUGUGCUCGCGCGGUGCGCAUCCGAAGCACUUGAUUGUAACCCGUGUCUUUGUGCCACCUGCCUGCAUCAGGCCCUCUGUGCUAUCGGAGGUGAAGGCGGGCACCACGGAGGACGAUCUGACCAUGAAACAGAGCGAAAUUCUUUUGAUCAACGAUGUCAUACAGCGCCAUAUGGCCACAGGUGGUAAAAUAGAGCUAAUACAUGAGGAUUGGGACUUUCUGCAGCUGCAUGUGGCCCUCUAUUUCCAUAGUGAGAUCAGUGGCAUCCCGUUGAACAUGGCACCCAAGAAGACAACGCGUGGCAUUGUCCAGCGACUGAAGGGCAAACAAGGACGCUUUCGCGGCAAUUUGUCCGGCAAACGUGUGGACUUCAGUGGCCGCACGGUCAUCUCACCUGAUCCCAAUCUGAUGAUAAAUCAGGUGGGCGUGCCAGUACGAGUGGCCAAGAUACUCACCUAUCCGGAGCGCGUCAAUCCCGCCAAUAUACGGCAAAUGAAGCAAUUGGUACGCAAUGGACCCGCCAUGCAUCCGGGCGCCAACUACGUGCAGCAGCGGGGCUCGAGCUUUAAGAAAUACUUGGCCUAUGGCAAUCGCGAAAAGGUCGCCCAGGAGCUCAAGUGCGGCGACAUUGUGGAGCGGCACUUGCGCGACGAUGACAUCGUUCUAUUCAAUCGCCAGCCCUCGCUUCACAAGAUGUCCAUCAUGUGCCAUCGCGCUAAGGUGCAGCCGCAGCGCACGUUCCGCUUUAACGAAUGCGCCUGUACGCCGUAUAAUGCCGAUUUCGACGGCGAUGAAAUGAAUUUGCACUUGCCACAGACGGAAGAGGCACGCGCCGAGGCCCUAAUCCUGAUGGGCAAUCAAUCGAAUCUGGUGACGCCGAAGAAUGGUGAAAUCCUGAUUGCGGCCACACAGGAUUUCAUCACGGGCGGCUACUUGCUGACCCAGAAGGAGGUGUUCCUUACCAAAGAGGAGGCAAUGCAGCUGGCCGCUUGCUUUCUGGCCAAUGAGGACUCGACGAUGCGCAUUCAGAUGCCGCCGCCGGCCAUUUGGAAGCCGCGUCGCCUCUGGACGGGCAAGCAACUGUUUAGCUUGCUAAUGCGACCCAAUGACGAAUCCAUUGUUCGGCUCAACAUGGUGAACAAGGGACGCAACUACUCGGGCAACAUGGAUCUCUGUGUCAACGAUUCCUGGAUUCACAUUCGCAACUCGGAACUGAUGUGCGGCACCAUGGACAAGGCCACCAUGGGCUCUGGCACCAAGCAGUGCAUCUUCUAUCUGCUGCUGCGAGAUUUCGGCGAGGCUUUUGCCACCAAAGCCAUGUGGCGUCUAGCCAGGAUUGCGUCGUACUUCAUACAGAAUCGGGGAUUCUCUUUUGGCAUCAGCGAUGUGACGCCCAGCGCCAAGUUGCUGCAGCACAAGCAGGUGCUGCUGGAGCGCGGCUAUGCCAAGUGCAACGAGUACAUCGAGAAGCUCAAGGCGGGCACUCUGCAAUGCCAGCCCGGCUGCACGCCCGAGGAGACCCUGGAGGCGGUGAUGCUGCGCGAAUUGUCCGGCAUUCGAGAGCAGGCGGCCAAGACCUGCUUCGCCGAGCUGCAUCCAACGAAUAGCGCCCUGAUCAUGGCGCUCAGCGGCUCCAAGGGAUCCAACAUCAACAUCUCCCAGAUGAUUGCCUGCGUCGGACAGCAGGCGAUCAGUGGCAAGCGAGUGCCCAAUGGCUUUGAGAAUCGCGCUCUGCCCCACUUCGACAGGCACUCCGCUAUUCCAGCCGCUCGUGGAUUCGUGCAGAACAGUUUCUACUCGGGCUUGACGCCCACUGAGUUCUUCUUCCACACCAUGGCCGGCCGUGAGGGUCUCGUCGAUACGGCCGUGAAGACCGCCGAGACGGGCUAUCUGCAGCGGCGUCUGGUCAAGUGUCUGGAGGAUCUGGUCGUUCACUACGAUGGCACCGUGCGCAAUGCGGUUAACGAAAUGGUGGACACCAUUUAUGGCGGCGAUGGUCUCGAUCCCGUGUCCAUGGAGACGCGCAGCAAGCCCGUCGAUCUCAAUCAUCAAUACGACAACUUGCGCGCCCAACUGCCAUGCGGCGAUCAGCAGCCGCUGGCAGCGGGCGAAAUACUCAGCACGAUGGAGACGCUGUUGCAGCUACCGGAAUUUGCCGAAGCACGCGCUGACUUUAAAAAGGAUGUGACCGCCCACUUGAAGACCGUCACGCAACGCAUUAGCAGGCUGCAGGAGAAAUACGGCGCCGAGCAUAAGGAUCUGUGCAAGCAGAUCGAGUGCAUCAGUCGGGAGCAGCUGCUCGAGUUUCUGCGACGCAUCAACGAUCGCUACAAUCGAGCGGUGACCGAGCCGGGCACAGCGGUUGGCGCCAUCGCCGCCCAGAGCAUUGGCGAGCCGGGCACCCAGAUGACCCUCAAGACGUUCCAUUUCGCUGGCGUCGCCUCGAUGAACAUCACACAGGGUGUGCCGCGUAUUGUGGAGAUCAUUAAUGCCACAAAGACGAUAUCGACGCCCAUUAUAACAGCCGAGCUGCGCAACAAUACCAGCAUGGAGUUCGCGCGGCAGGUGAAGGCGCGCAUCGAGAAGACAACGCUGGGCGAGCUGUCCUCGUUUGUGCAGCUUGUCUGCGGACCCUUCAGUUGCCAUUUGGUCAUUGGCAUCGAUACAGCGCGCAUUAAGGUGCUCGGCCUUCACAUCGAUUUGGAUAGCAUUAUAUGCAGCAUACUGAAAUCCCGGCUGCGCAUCAAGGCCAAUCAGCUGCAUGCCAUACCGAAGAAGUCAAGGAUUAUUGUUCGUGUGGAGGCGACACGCAAUGCGACGAUCAACGCUGAGCUGUCUCGCCUAGCGACCACCAUACAGAACGUAGUCGUUGCGGGCCUGCCGAACAUUGCACGCGCCGUCAUCGCCAUCGACGAUGCCAAACAGCCGCCCACCUACAAGCUGUGCAUCGAGGGCUAUGGACUGCGGGAAGUGAUCGCCACCUACGGCGUGGUGGGCGAGCGUACGCGCAGCAACAACAUUUGUGAAAUCUAUCAGACGCUGGGCAUUGAGGCGGCGCGCACCAUCAUCAUGAGCGAGAUCACGGACGUGAUGGAGGGCCACGGCAUGAGCGUCGACUGGCGUCACAUUAUGCUCCUGGCCAGCCAGAUGACCGCACGUGGCGAAGUGCUGGGCAUCACGCGCCACGGCCUGGCCAAGAUGCGGGAGAGCGUCUUCAAUUUGGCAUCGUUCGAGAAGACGGCGGAUCAUCUGUUCGAUGCGGCCUACUAUGGCCAGACAGAUGCCAUCAACGGCGUCUCGGAGCGCAUCAUUUUGGGCAUGCCCGCCGGCAUUGGCACGGGCAUAUUUAAGCUUCUGCAGCUGCACGCAGACAAACAGGUGCCGGAUAUAUCGCCGACCAUAUUUCACGAGUUGAAGCUACAGCCCUUUGCCUAGCCCAGUCGUGCGUGCAUCAAGCAUCUCCAUCACCCGCCCGCCAACAGCA